AUGAAGAAUGGUCGCCACUUCGUUUUACCAUCCCACGAAGAAGGAAACACUCGUCAGCAGCCAUCACCAGUGAAAUUCUGGCAAAUGGAAGAGGUUGAAUCGAAUUACCAUCUAUCGCCAGAAGAAAUAAAAUGCGAAGAACAUUACAGGAGUACAAUCAGUCGAGCCGACGAUGAUAGAUUCGUAGUGCAAUUGCCGCUGAAAAUGGAUCCUCCAACCUUAGGUGAAUCGUAUGAUACAGCAAGAAAGCGAUUUCAAGCAAUCGAGCGCAAAUUAAAUCGAGAUCAUCAGUUAAAAAAGAAAUACCACGAGUUCAUGGAAGAGUAUUUGCAACUGGGCCAUAUGUCUGAGGUGGAGGCGGAAUCUCCAGCCAAACAAGCAUACUAUCUUCCGCAUCAUGCGGUGAUCAAGGAUGAUAGUACUACCACCAAGGUCAGAGUGGUAUUUGACGCGUCGUGCCGCACAACUUCCGGAAGGUUUCUAAACGAUAUCAUGAUGGUCGGACCCACCAUACAAGACGAACUAUUCUGCAUCAUUAUUUACAUGGAAAUUGUGCCGACAAAUAGUAACAAUGACGACGCUUUGGGAGAAUCGUUGGAGGGGGAGUCUGUCGAUGAUGCGUAUAAAGUCACCGUGAGGUAG